AUGGUCAACAUUGUUUACUUCUUCACGCUGUCUCUUUCUCUCAACUCAAGUUUCGCCGACACAAACAUCCAAGAGUGCAACUUCCUGCUUCGCUACUUCUAUGAGUCUCUUCGUUGUACACCUGCCGCUUCCACCUCAACCUACAACACCUGCCGCUUCCACCUCAACCUACAACACCUGCCGCUUCCACCUCAACCUACGACACCUGCCGCUUCCACCUCAACCUACGACACCUGCCGCUUCCACCUCAACCUACAACACCUGCCGCUUCCACCUCAACCUACAACACCUGCCGCUUCCACCUCAACCUACAACACCUGCCGCUUCCACCUCAACCUACAACACCUGCCGCUUCCACCUCAACCUACAACACUUGCCGCUUCCACCUCAACCUACAACACCUGCCGUUUCCCCUACACCUGCCGCUUCCACCUCAACCUACGACACCCACCAACCUACAACACCUGCCGCUUCACCUCCACCUCAACCUUCCACAACAUGCUGCUUCGCUUCCCCUACAACACAUGCCGCUUCCACCUCAACCCGCUUCCACCUCACAACACCUGCCGCUUCCACCUCAACCUACAUCACCUGCCGCUUCCACCUCAACCUACGACACCUGCCGCUUCCACCUCAACCUACGACACCUGCCGCUUCCACCUCAACCUACGACACCUGCCGCUUCCACCUCAACCUACAACACAUGCCGCUUCCACCUCAACCUACAACACUACACCACGCACAUUCACAAAGCAUUAUCCAAGUCACUGCCUUGGUAUAUUUUAA